AUCUAUCCAUCUUCCCCUUCAACCUCUCUACUUCUAUCUCUCUCCACAAUCUUAUUUCCUCUUCCGGCCUACAACUUUCCCCUCCCCCGGCCUCUUCCCCCUCCUACAAACUAACUCUCUCCGGGACUUCUCUCCCCUUUCUUUGUCCUCCUCAUUCCCACGACGGACUCUCUUCUCUACUCUUUUCUCCUCCUUACACACACCCGGCCUAUCAUCAUGUCUUCCCAACUACUCCAAGAAGCUGUGCGGAUUGCCAGCCAGUUUGACUACCCCGCUGACGAGGUGCGUCGCGGUGUAACAGAAUAUGUGCGCGAGAUGGACGAGGGCUUGUCGCAGGAGCACACCACCCUGAGCCAGAUCCCAACAUUCGUCACCUCCGUACCCAAUGGCACAGAAAAGGGAUUGUAUUUGGCUGUAGAUCUUGGCGGCACCAACUUCCGCGUGUGCUCCAUUGACCUCCAUGGAGAUACCACUUUCUCCUUGACCCAGUCUAAGAUCAUGAUUCCUCGCGAGACCAUGUCGUCCGGCACCUCCAAGGAUCUUUUCUUGUUCUUGGCGCGUCAGAUCGAGUCUUUCCUGCGCAUUCACCACAACGAACACUUUGAAGCACACAUCCGACGCCGCAAUCAGAAGAAGGACAACUGCGAGGAGGACCUGUUCGACCUGGGUUUCACCUUCAGUUUCCCCGUUCGUCAGCUGGGCAUCAACAAGGGUACCUUGAUCCGGUGGACUAAGGGCUUCGACAUCCCUGACGCUGUGGGUCAAGAUGUCUGCGCGUUGCUUCAAAACGCCAUUGAUGAGCUGGACCUCCCCGUGCGUGUUGCCGCCCUGGUUAACGACACUGUGGGAACCUUGAUGGCUCGCUCCUACACUUCUCCCGGUGCCACGGGCACUUUCCUGGGCGCCAUCUUCGGCACGGGCACCAACGGUGCCUAUGUCGAGAAGCUGGACCGCAUCACUAAGAUGCAGACCAUCGAACACUCGACAUACGAUAAGUCUACUGGUGAGAUGAUCAUCAACGCGGAGUGGGGUAGCUUCGACAACCACCUGAGUGUCCUUCCCAACACCAUCUAUGACCAGCAACUCGAUGCGGACAGCAACAACCCUGGCGUGCAGAUGUUCGAGAAGCGUGUCUCUGGUAUGUUCCUGGGUGAGAUCCUCCGCCGUGUCAUGCUGGACAUGCACCGUAACGAGUCGUUGGGCUUCCUCAAGUCCGGCGCAUCUAUUCCCAAGGAGUCUUCCCUCCAUCGCCAGUGGGGCAUUGACACUAGUUUGUUGAGCUUGGUGGAGGCCGACAAGACUGAGAACCUGGAUCAGAUCAAGACGGCCCUCAAGGAUCACUUGAAGAUCGAGAACCCUAGCAACGACGAUUGCAAAGCCAUCCAGACUGUGGUACACGCUAUUGGUAAGCGUGCGGCCCGUCUGGCUGCCGUGCCUCUGGCGGCUGUUCUCCACUCCACUGGCAAGCUGCAGUCUGAGGAUCUGGUCGAUAUUGGUGUGGAUGGCAGUCUGGUUGAGUUCUACCCCAACUUCGAGGGUCACAUGCGGGAUGCCCUCCGUGAGGUUCCUGAGAUUGGUGAGGCUGGUAACAAGAAGAUCCGCAUUGGUAUCUCCAAGGAUGGCAGUGGUGUAGGUGCUGCUUUGAUCGCUUUGGUUGCCGGCAGAGAGGAUGCCAAAAAGCCCAAGACAAGCGGCCUGCGCGGCCAGUAAUGGGGGAGGAUCUGGUGUUGCUUGAUGGUUUUCAAUGUUGCUUCAAAUGUUUUGUUGGAUUGAGCGGCCUUUUACUAGGGUAUCAGGCAGUUGACGCCGAGUCUGGACUCGGACAACCCGCAAGGGGACUGACUGGCUGAAUUCCGCAUGGAUCAGGUGUUGAAAGAGCGGCUGCGAUGAAGGGAGGGUGCUGGAUACACUAUCAUGUUUUACGGCGUUGCACAGC